CAGUUUCUGUGGCCCCACCGGCGGUUGAGUAUAUUUAUGCGACCCUCAGAUUACCACACAUUCUCCGCUAUUUGCAUGCGAUUUCGAUGAUGCUUCGGAUCUCGGCAAAAAUACUGCUGGUACGACAUCCACAGGUUUGGGCACGUUCUACGGGUCUUAUACGCAGUCGACUGGCAAAAACAGCGUUGGAGCUAUUUCCUUCGAGAACUAUUCAGGUGCAGCAGAAUUCUCGAUUGGAACGGCGGGCGACACCUUCAGUAUGUUGCUGUGGAUGGACAUGCGGGGGCACAAUCCGUUUACGCCAGGUCGGUCUUACCUGAUUGAUCUUAGACCUAAUGGGCAAGGGGCAUUAUAUUUUGACAGCGAUAACACUGUUAAAUUUUCCAGCAUGUACGGGAAUUGCCAGGGCUCUCAUGCUGCGGGGGAGAGAUCGUUUGCCUAUCCGCAUGCGUUCAAUACUUGGGUGCAUUUUGCGAUCGUCUCAGACCCUACAGGGACGCGUCUGUUCAAGGACGGUGAAUUGUUGUAUGAGGCUCUCGCAUCGAGUUGUGGCACAUCGUACAGCACCGCUUUGGUCGACAAAGCAGUUCUCGGCAGCUACUACAAUUCAGUUGGCAGUUCAGGGUCGUACUUCAUGGAUGCUUCCAUCGACGACCUUCAGUUUUACAGGUCGGCGUUAUCAGCGCAAGAGGUACACGACGUCUACGCUGCGACGCUGGCGCCUACUCCAGCGCCGACGGCCUUCCCGACGCCUUAUCCGACGGCCUUCCCGACGCCAUACCCGACGGCCUUCCCGUCAGCGUUUCCGACGCCGUACCCGACGGCCUUCCCGACAGCCUUCCCGACGCCUUACCCGACAGCCUUUCCGACGGCCGACCCGACGCCCAGCCCAACGGCCGACCCGACGUUUUACCCGACGGCCUUCCCGACGCCAUACCCGACGGCCUUCCCGACGCCGUACCCGACAGCCUUCCCGACGCCGGACCCGACGGCCGAUCCGACGCCACAUCCGACGGCCUUCCCGACGCUGUAUCCGACGGCCUUCCCGACGCCGUAUCCGACGGCCUUCCCGACAGCGUUUCCGACGCCGUACCCGACGGCCUUUCCGACGGCCGAUCCGACGCCCAGCCCGACGGCCGACCCGACGUUCUACCCGACGGCCUUCCCGACGCUGUACCCGACGCCGUACCCGACGGCCUUCCCGACAGCGUUUCCGACGGCGUACCCGACAGCCUUCCCGACGGCCGACCCGACGCCCAGCCCAACGGCCGACCCGACGUUUUACCCGACGGCCUUCCCGACGCCAUACCCGACGGCCUUCCCGACGCCGUACCCGACAGCCUUCCCGACGCCGGACCCGACGGCCGAUCCGACGCCACAUCCGACGGCCUUCCCGACGCUGUAUCCGACGGCCUUCCCGACGCCGUACCCGACAGCCUCCCCGACAGCGUUUCCGACGCCGUACCCGACGGCCGAUCCGACGCCGUACCCGACAGCCUUAAACCCUACGGCCGUCCCUGCGACAAUGUCGUCUGCAGUUGGCGAUCCGCAUUUGCAGAACAUUCAUGGUGAGCGUUUCGACUUGAUGAAGACGGGCAGGCACGUCUUAAUACACAUUCCACGACGGAGCGAUACGAAUAUUCUGCUCCGUGUGGACGGGGACGUGCAAAGGCUGGGUGGGCAAUGCGCUGACAUUUAUUUCCAAGAGCUGAACAUCACAGGGUCGUGGGCGAAUGUGAAGCGCGCUGGCGGUUUCCACUACCGCGCUCAGGGCGGCGGCCACCAGCGCUCCCGCUGGGUCAAGUUCGGGACCGUCCAGGUGAAGGUCGCCCACGGGCGCACACACCAGGGCUUCAAGUAUCUAAACCUCUACGUGAAGAACCUCGGUCGCGCCGGGUAUCAAGUGGGAGGCUUACUCGGCGAAGAUGAUCACACCAAGGAGGCGAUGGUGCCUGAGAGUUGCCACCAUCGGGUCGCCUUGUAAACAAGGCGUUGCGGCAGUUAUUUUAAUGCUGUAUUGAGCGGGGUGCAUAGCUCCUGCUCCUGUUCCUCCGCUCCCUGAUCGAGGGCCUACGGCGAAUCACCGCCGCUUCUGCCUUUCAUAAGCGCCUAGGUGCCCGAACGUUGUGGCCCGAGCUCGGCCAAGCUAUCGGAU